AUGUCUAUUCAACAUCAACGCUUCUUUCUUUCUAUCUAUCUAUCUAUCUAUCUAUCUAUCUAUCUAUCUAUCUCAGUCUGUUCAUAUCUAUCUAUCUAUCUAUCUAUAAUCUGUUUAUAUCUAUCUGUCUCAGUCUGUUCAUAUCUAUCUAUCUAUCUCAGUCAGUUCAUAUCUAAGUUUGUUCAUAUCUAUCUAUCUAUCUAUAGUCUGUUUAUAUCUAUUUCAGUCUGUUCAUAUCUAUCUAUCUAUGUAUUCUAUUUAUCUAUCUAUCUCAGUCUGUUCAUAUCUAAGUUUAUUCAUAUCUGUCUAUCUCUGUUCAUAUCUAUCUAUCUAUCUAUCUAUCUAUCUAUCUAUCUAUCUAUAGUCUGUUUAUAUCUAUCUAUCUCACCUGUUCAUAUUCAUCUAUGCAUCUAUCUAUCUAUCUAUCUAUCUCAGUUUGUUCAUAUCUAUAUAUCUCAGUCUAUUCAUAUCUAUCUAUCUGACUAUAUCAGUCUGUUCAUUAUCUAUCUUAAUCUGCUCAUUAUCUAUCUAUCUAUCUAUCUAUCUAUCUCAGUCUGUUCAUAUCUAUCUGUCUAUCUUUUUCAUAAUCUGAUAUUAAUUUUUAACAUCAUUGUGCUGUCGGGUGUUGUUCUCUCUCUCUCUCUCUCUCUCUCUCUCUCUCUCUCUCUCUCUCUCUCUCUCUCUCUCUCUCUCUCUCAUUCUCUCUCUAUUUCUCUCUCUCAUUCUCUCUCUCUCUCUCUCUCUCAUUCUCUCUCUCAUUCUCUCAUUCUCUCUCUCUCUCUCUCUAAUUCUCUCUCAUUCUCUCUCUCUCAUUCUCUCUCUCUCUCUCUCUCAUUCUCUCUCUCUCUCUCUCUCUCUCUCUCUCUCUCUCUCUCUAUUUCUCAUUCCUCAUUUUCGCUGCUAUUUUUGUUUUUCUUCUUUUUUGUUUUUUUUUUUUCUCUUUCUAUCUUAUCCUUUUCUUUCUGUUUUUUGUCGUUUUUUUCUUUAUUUUCCUUUCCUUUCUUUUUUCUUUUCUUCUUUUUGAUCUUUUUAUCCCUUUGUCUUUUUUUUUACCCUUUUCUGAUUUUCUUAUUUCUUUACUUCAUUACAUUUUUCUUUCUUUCAUUUCGUCACUUGUUUAUUUUUACAUCUUUUUAUCCUUUUUUUUCUAUCGUUUUAUCUUGUUUUUUUUCUUCUUUUAUUCAUUGGUUAAUCGGCUGGUAUUUUCAUUUUUUCUUUCCUUCAUUUUUACGUUCUUUCUUCUUUUAUGUCCAUAUUCAACUUUGCUACAUAUUUCCUCUUUUUUUAUUCUAUUUCUUUCUUAAUUUCUUUCUUCGACUCUCUCUCUCUCUCUCUCUCUCUCUCAUUCUCUCCCCCCCCGAACUCUAUCUGUCUCACUCUCUAUCAUUUAUAUUUAUUCGUAUUUUUCCACUUUCAAUUUCUUUUUCAUUUCAAUCAUUCCUAUAA